AGGGAAAAGAGGCGGGCACUGCGGAUGUCAAUCAGUUGCCUACCAGCCAGCGUUAGCUAGCUGGGCUGUCUUGUUAGCUAUUUAACAAAAGUGUGUCGAUCAAGCAGGUAUUAAAAAGGAUACUCACAUUUGUUGGUGCAGAUCUGAGGUUGUGUUUAACACAUUUACAGACUUGUUUUGUUAGCUAAUCAAAUACAUUUAGGUAAGGCUGUCAGAACAGCGCAGCUAGCCGCCGGGCAGCAGUGCAGGCUAGUGGAUGUAUUUCAGCAUUAGCUGAGAAGCGGUUAACACACGGAGGAGGAAUGAACCAUAAAAGUAAGAAGAGGAUUAAAGAGGCGAAACGGAGCGCCAGGCCCGAGCUGAAGGACUCAUUAGACUGGAUAAAACACAACUAUCAUGAAACGUUUGACCUGUCACACCGCACCGUGAAGGACAAUGUUGAGCGUGUGGACACACUCCACCUCAGCCCUGAAGAGUUCAUCCGGUGCUUCGAGCGGCCUUACAAGCCAGUUGUCCUGCAGAACGCCCAGGAGAGCUGGCCUGCCCGGGAAAAGUGGACCCUGGAGCGCCUUAAACGCAAAUACCGCAAUCAGAAAUUCAAGUGCGGGGAGGACAACGACGGGUACUCUGUGAAGAUGAAGAUGAAGUACUACAUGGAGUACCUGGAGACCACCAGGGACGACAGCCCGCUCUACAUCUUCGACAGCAGCUACGGUGAACACGCCAAACGCCGCAAACUGCUGGAGGACUACCAGGUGCCGCUCUUCUUCAGGGACGACCUGUUCCAGUUUGCAGGGGAGAAGCGCAGACCACCAUACAGGUGGUUUGUAAUGGGCCCCGCUCGCUCCGGCACUGGCAUCCACAUCGACCCGCUUGGCACCAGCGCAUGGAACGCCCUGGUUCAGGGACACAAGAGAUGGUGUCUGUUCCCCACCAACACGCCCCGCGAGCUGAUCAAGGUUGCCCGAGAGGAAGGAGGCAACCAGCAGGACGAAGCUAUCACCUGGUUCAACGUGGUGUAUCCCCGGACGCAGCAGCCCAGCUGGCCUCCAGAGUUCACACCGCUGGAGAUCCUCCAGAGACCCGGGGAGACCGUUUUUGUGCCUGGCGGGUGGUGGCACGUAGUCCUCAACCUGGACACGACCAUCGCCAUCACUCAGAACUUCGCCAGCUCGACCAACUUCCCCAUCGUGUGGCACAAAACAGUCCGAGGGCGACCCAAACUCUCUAGGAAGUGGUACCGCAUCCUGAAGCAGGAGCGGCCCGACAUGGCAGUGCUGGCAGACAAAGUGGACCUGCAGGAGUCAACCGGCAUCGCCUCAGACAGCUCCAGCGACUCGUCUUCGUCGUCUUCCUCCAGCUCCUCUGACUCCGACUCUGAUGCCGCCUCGGGCUCUGAGGGCGACGCCGUGUCCCAUCGCAGGAAGAAGAGACGCACCUGCGGCACAGCGGCCAACGGAGACACCAGCAGCAAGGACGACUGCGCCAGCAAGGAGAGGAGCUCGUCACGGUGACCGCCGACCUCUAUCACACACACAGAAAAAGCUGCUUCCUGUCUAGUUUUAGGUCUGAAGCGAGGAGACCUGUCACCACUGUGCUUUCAAUCAAUGUUUGUGUCCGUACAGAGAGGUUAUCAGCAGUAAACACUCCGGGGAAGGUUAGGAGCAUGACACACAGCAUUAAAAGUCUCCCAGCUGCUCUCUCAUGUGAGAAAUAAAGGGACGGGAACAUUUCUGUAACGGUUAGACAUGACAUCCAUCCACCAGAGGAGAGAAAACACACUUCCUGUAGUUUCAAAGAUAUAGAGAAAAUUGAGUAUCAAUAUUUGUGGUCAAAUACGUCAAUAUCAAGUUGAUGUUGUUUCGGCCUUUCUCUAAAUAUCUACAUAAAGAAGUGUUUGAUUUAAGGAAGUGGAUAAAGGCAAGAAAUGAUGAAUAAAGUUCGGAAAUGUUUAUCUUUAUAAAAGAGUUGAGCUUUAUAACAAGGAAAAGACCCCCUGAUAUUACAAUAUCCCAAAUAUAAAACAACAUCCAGUCUCGUAUCACUUUUUUGCCUAGCCCUCUUAGGGACCACCUCCACAAACAGACACAUUUCUGAACACAAUAUUAAAGACCAACUUCUAAGCUGGACUCUCCUGAGUAGGUGAGUAAUGGGGACAGAAUUGAGUGGGAGCGCUACAGCUGCUAAACAGGCCAACCUUUAUCAAUCAAUGUCCACUAUAGCUGCAUUUCCCCUGCAUGGUACGACUCUACUACACUCAUAGACCUUGCAGAUUGUACAUCAUCGGUGAAAGCGGGUUUACCUCCUGCAUUCUCUAAACAAAAUCUCUGUUCAGCGGGAAACAGAAAGGAAAAUGCGUUCGCUUUUGCUGUUGUAACAUGUUUGGGAACAUCAGGUGUGUGUACUGUGAUGCACUAGCAAUGAUUCUCUCCGACCAUCAGUGGUCUGCAGAGUUUUAGCGUCACCUUUUGGAAAAGAUACAUUAAAAUAAGUCUAGUUGAGUCAUACCAUACAGUGGAAAUGCUGCUUUAAUGCGUUUGUUUUACCCUGGCACGCUCAUGUUGUUACUAUACAUGUCUAACAUUAUUAUGGAGAGGAGCCUACAAAAAAAACUUAAAUGCUUUAUCCUUUUACUUGAUCCACACAAAAAAGGAUAAAAAACUCCUAUUAAAAUAUGUGAGAUCCAGAACUAGACUGAUCCUUGAGAAAAAAAUGUCUCAUUCUGAAAUCUGAAGUUACGUUUUUUUUGUUACUUUUUAUUUCUCUCCAGGCUCUUUUCCAAAAUGUUGUCAGACACUUACAAUAGUAAUCAUGCCGCAAUGCCAUUGGCAAUAACAAACCAAGUGGAUGCACAUUUUAGAUUGAAUUGCAUGCAACAUGUUUAGCAGCUGCAGCGCUCCCACUCAAAAGGCUCAAAACACAACUCUUGUCCCGAUUACUCUCUUAGACACCAUUUUUGGGAAAUUUGGGUCCAGGUUGAAAAUCCUGGAGAAUAUUGUGAUAUUAGAAGCUGAGUUGGGUUGUUAGCCAAUCACUAUCUCCCUGGGAGACUAGAGACUCGCUCAAGCAAAAAAAAAAAGAGAACACUCAAUAUUGUUUCUGCAUAUAACUGUUGGUUUUUUCUUAAAUGGUUGGAGGUUGUGUCGCUCCUCUACCCGCCUUGGUGAUGAACCUUCACACUGAGAAUUGAAAGUGUGAUUCAGUCAGCCAGCCUUAAAGAAAUUAAUCGUUUAAAGGAAACAUGCGCAUGUAAGAAUGGUUAAUUCUGUAUGAAAUACAGGAGAGUAACGGCCUAACUGAAAACCUUUCUGCCAGUUUGAUGUUCUGCCUGCUUUGUGCCAAAAUGCUGCAGAUUGGAGAAACUGUCGCUAAAUGUCGAGGCUAAUCGUUUUUGUGCAGUUGCAGGAAAAAGUCAGCAGAGGGCACUACAUUAACCAGAAUGCACUGCUGCAUUUUGUUUAGUGGAUGAUUAGCUAAUGUUUCAGAGUUUACAUUUAUCAUCAGUUUGUGCAUCUUUUUAAAUAACGAGUAGAAGAAGAAGCUUUCUCCUGUAUGGUAGAUGGUGCAGAUUCAACAGCGCAUCCGAUAUCAACAAAUAAAUAAUAACAUUUGUUUGAACUGCCAAUUAGAGCUGAAACGUUAGUCAGCAGACAGAAAAUUAAUCGGCAGCAAUUGAUUAAUUGGGUAUUUCUAAGGCAAUUAUGGCAAAAAGAACUGUCUGCUUCUAAAAUGGGACUUUGUUUCGAUGUUCUUCUCUCCUAUAACCUAAACUGAAUCUCUUUGUUGAGGAAUACAAAUGAGACAUUUAAGAUGUCACCUGGUCCUGUUGGAACCAUUUUUUUCCCCGACUGCUACCUUUUACCGACAAGUAUAUCCAAUUAAAAUAAUUGAAAUAGUGUUCCAGAUAUAACACCUGGAGUAACUGGAGAUACAUGGGAUUAUUGGCUCAGAUGAUACAUACAAAUAUCAGUUGUGAUUUGGAGAAACCUCCACAUGGCUGCAAAUAACCACAUAGAAAAGAUUAUAAAUUGAACCAUCAAAUACUUUAAUCAUACCCACUUUUACGUGAUUAAUAAUGUUAAAUAACAUGCAGUUCAAAAUCGAUUGAGAAAAUAAGAAGUAGAGUAAUCCAAAAUACUGAAAACUGUUGACGUCUUUUUAAUGUCUUUUGUGCAAAACCUAAAUAGUCCGUUUGCCGAGAUUCAAACAGUUUUUUGCUUGAAAAAUGACUUGGUUUUCUGACCAGUUUCUGAUUAAAAGUCGGUUGAUCCAUGCCUCGAAUCAACGCUUGAGUUUAAUGUUUGAAGCUUUUCUACGAAUCCUUUAAAAAGAGCUGUAAAAUCUGCGGCAACAAAAACAUGCUGUGUGUGUGAAGCUGUUGCUGUAGACUAAAGUGCCUCUAAAGAGAGUUUGUAAGUUUGACUGUCUGUCUGUCCGUGGGAAGGUUUCUUUGUUUUUAUUUGUUCUUAAACUAAUGUGAAGGCACCGUGUUUGUCCCUGAGGUCGCUCACAUGGUGCCUUUAGGUUCUUUGAAUCCUGUCUGCAAUGUUAAUAAAGUCAAUCUGAGGAGCUCAGACAGACUUUGAGUAUGUAAUUUUGUUCGUCAAUAAAAUCUUUUCUAUGACUCGAAA